AUUGUACCAUGGAGAAUAAUGGCGACUGCAAAAGAAGUCUUCCAAAAUUAAGAGAAAUAUUUACCCGACAGCGGCAGGAUUCAGAUACAAGCAUGACAGAAUGCCCAGAUAUAGAAUUUAAUUAUAAUGAUGCAGAUUCACCAGAAAAUGAGAUAGCAGAGCUUUACUCAUACACUGAAGGUCCAGAGUUCCAACUUAACCUCAAGGCUUGGGAGGAAGUUUGUGGUGAACUUGGUGUUGUACCUUUAUGGCAAUCAGUGUCAGAUGCCAGCCGGCGAUCGCUCAUCAUUCGUCUCUCAGAUCAUCUAGAACUAUGUCAAAGGACUUUGCGAAUGAGGGCAAGCCGGGCUAUCUUGUAUAUUGCUCAAGGAUGUUGGGGUGAGGUGCAGAGUGACCGAGAGCAAGCAACAUGGGCUCGUCAAAAUGUAUUUUUGCUUGUGCAGUGUGGAAUAUGGAAUUCAUUUCUACAGCUGUUGAACCUGGAAAUAGAGAAUACAAGUGUUGCAGAGAGCCAACGUAAAAUUACAGUAUCUGCUAGCCUUGCCGAUUCAGCAGAUUUAAGAGUAAUUUUAUCUGUCCUGUAUACAAUUGUUGAGACUCUGAGAGUAUCAGGUGAUGAGGACACAGAAGCACAAACUCAGACAAGGUUAUGUUUCUGUGAAGAGUUGGGCCAGCCACAGGGUGAAUCCAGUGAAUUAGUUGCCAUGACUCUUCUGGGGAUUCGGUAAAAAAACAAGAUUCUCUUCUGGUUAAUUUUCCAUUCAGCCACCACCUAAACUUCUUUUCCAAUUAGGAAGGUCUUAUUGUUACUUUGGAAGGUUUUGUUAUCUUCACUUGGAGGAACACAGCAUUUAGCCAACUUGAAAAAUGAAUAUCGAAUAAAACAUGGUUUGCCUCCCUGUGAAGAGGAUACUCUGACAAUAGCACGUACUAUGAGAGCUUCAUCACCACCAGCAUCUGCAGCUGAUCUUAUAGAACAACAGAAUAAUCAAAAGAGACGACCAUUAAGACGGCAAGGCCUUAUGAAACAGAGUAGCUUGGAUGACAGUGUUGGAGAAUUGGAUCUUACAGCUGCAGCAGAUGAUGAUGAGCAGCCAGCUAAUGAUCUGGAUGAACCACCAGAUCUACCUCAACCUCCCUCACCUCGUCCUGGAACACCUAAUCUCGAUAAUACUACAAAUAAAGGUCUCCCAUGGACUCCAAAGGUUAGACAAAAAGAUAUAGACUCAUUUUUAGAUUCUACUCGUGUAAAGUUUGUGGGAUUUCAACUACAAGGAGAUAGAACAUCUUUAGCAGGAUUGCCUCAACCAAUUCAUGAGGGAGUCAAAGUUCUCUCCAAGCAUGUAUAUGUUUCAUUGUGUGAGGUGCAAAUAAGGCAAGAAGAAGAAAGAACAAGAAACCCAAUGUCCAAGCCUGAAGUUGACAUUCCACAAACACCAGCUGAAAUUUUAUAUCAGGCUAUGCUGCCAACAUUACCACAGUGUAUGAUUGCCCUUUUGAAGAUUCUUUUAGCUGCUGCACCUACAUCAAAAGCAAAGACAGAUUCUAUAAACAUAAUGGCUGAUGUGCUUCCUGAAGAAAUGCCAAUGACUGUUGUUCAGAGCAUGAAGUUGGGUGUAGAUGUUAACAGACACAAAGAAGUCCUUGUGAAGGCAGUCUCAGCAACUUUGUUGCUUUUGCUCAAACACUUUCGUAUCAAUCAUAUAUAUCAGUUCGAAUUCAUGUCUCAACACCUUGUUUUUGCAAACUGCAUUCCACUUAUUUUGAAGUUCUUCAAUCAAAAUAUUAUGGCUUAUGUUCAAGCCAAAAAUACGAUAGCGUUAUUAGAUUUCCCUGCAUGUGUUAUUGGAGAUCCACCAGAAAUGACUGCUGAAGCAUUAGAAGCUGGUAGUGGCAGUCCAAUGAGUGGUAAUGUAAGUCCAGGCGGAAAUGGAAGUCCCAGUGGUGGAUGUAAUGAAGGGAACAUGAAUCCAACCAGUGGUGUGUGUUGUUGGAGAAAUAUGUUUUCGUGUACCAAUCUUCUAAGAAUACUCAAUAAGUUAUGCAAAUGGAAACAUUCUCGUAUUAUGAUGCUAGUUGUAUUCAAGUCAGCACCAAUACUUAAACGAACAUUGAAGGUAAAGCAUGCAAUGAUGCAGUUAUAUGUACUUAAGCUGUUGAAGAUGCAAACAAAAUAUUUAGGGAGACAGUGGAGGAAAACAAACAUGAAAACUAUGAGUGCCAUUUAUCAGAAGGUUCGACACAGGUUAAAUGACGAUUGGGCGUAUGGAAAUGAUCCAGAUGCAAGACCGUGGGAUUUCCAAGCAGAGGAAUGUGCUUUAAGAGCAUGUGUAGACAGAUUCAACUCCCACAGAUAUAAUAAUACCAUUGAUUCUGACUUUGAACCUCUCGAUAACUGUGUUACAAGUGUGUUGGGUCGCCCAGUUGAGUUGACCGAGGAGUUCAAACGGCACUAUGAAGUAUGGCUUCAACAGGAAGUAUUUUCAGCUGCGAUAGACUGGGACCAGCUUCUAGCACCCAACAUGUAAUAUACUGUAGUUAAUGAAAAUUAGAUAUCUAUAUAUAUAUAUAUAUAUGUAUAUUGUACCAUGUGAACUGAAUGAUUGAUUAAAGUAAUGGAAAAUGGAGGAAGUGCUUUCUAGUUAAGUGUAGAAAAAAAAUAUUUUGCACAAAUAUGAAAAGGUUACCACCAUUUUUAGAAAAGUUAGGGUUAAAGUAUAGUGUGAAAUUGUGCCACAAAAUCUAUGGAUUCUGAAAGCUUUUAUCUGAAUACACUUUUAGUAAAUAUAUUUUAUCAAUAAAUAUGUUAUUUUUGGAAUGACUCAUUUUCUACAAACCCAGUAGUCUUAAAUAUCUGUAUUUUGUACAAGAUUAUCCCAAACACAAAUUUGAUAGAUCAUGACGAUGAAAAACCUCACUGUGCAAGCCCAGACCUUGCUCCAGUGUCCCAGAAGGCAUUCUGCUUCAUUCCUUUCUCUCUCUCCCUCUGUCAAGAAGACUGUUGGGAAGGGAGAAAGGCACAAAGAUCUUAUGAUCAACUUGAUUUGUAGAAGAACAUUGUUCACAUGAACCCUUUAAUCAUAAAUAUCUGAAUUGCAGUUUAGGAAGGAGAGUGAAAUGAACAAGAAAUCAAAAUGGUCAUAAUGCAAGAAGUUGAUAACUCCCAAAGACAAGAUCACUAGCCAAGUACUACAAGCUUGACUCUCGGUACUCCAGGAAGACAAGCUUCCAUGUGUGCCAGGUACAUCAGGAUGAGGGUCAUAAUGAAGAUAGUUGGUCUCUUUCACUCCCAAUCACUAGAACAUGGCCCUCUGCAAUGAUCAGACCCAGUGAAUAGACAUCAGAAGGCUUUUGGUAAUAUUUCCUAAAUGAAAAUCUUACAUAGGUUUUCUUGCAAUGCCAAGUGCUUGCUCUGAGAAUAGCAGAGAGAUUAAAUAACACGAUAAGACUAAAAUAAAAUUGAUUUUUUGGGGACUGAAAUAUUUGCUUGACAAGUGUGAAGGAAGAGUCAAGGAAGAGAAGGUUGAAUGCUUAUGUCUCUUUGAAAUAUGCUUUGAUGGCCCACACAACACAUAGAUGGAUAUAUUCAUCUGAAGAGAUGGGAAAGGCAAGAAUGUCUAAGGAGUCAUAGAGAGAGAGAGAGAGAGAGAAACUGCAGCAUGUCCUUGAACUCUAGGCCAGAUGUGAGAAGCUUCACCCAACAGGACAUGUAUUUAUUUAGAAACUUGGUCCUUGAAAUUAAGGUCAGAUAAGAGACUGACAGACCAGUGGGCUGGAAGGAGAAUCUCCACCCAAUACUACUACUACUACUUUUUUUUUUGUGAAACUGGGCCAUUGCCUUGAACUUUAUGCCAGAUGAGAGACUGACAGAAGACCAAUGUCUUGAACUAUAGGUCAGAUGGAAGACUGACAGAAGACCAAUGGGGUGGAAGGAGAAGUUUCAUCCAAUAAGACAUUUUUUUAAAACUAGGGCAUGUUCUUUAAUUCAAGGCCAAGUGAGAGACUGACAGAAGACCAAUGGCUGGAAGAAGCUUCACCCUACUGGACAUUUUCAACUAAGGCAUGUUCAUAUAAGAAUGACAGAUCAAUGUCUGGAAGGAGAAGCUGUACAUAACAGGACUUUUUUUUUUUUCAUUUACAAAAUCCAGAAGUUAGACCAAAGAGAGCUGAAAGGUUCAUACUGUUAUUCUCAGAAACUGAAGCCUGCUUGCAUAGUAACAGUGGCUUCUUUUUGACCAGUCAACAAUUUGUGUACUUUGUCCUGGUAAAAGGAAAGGAUAAAGGAUCUUCAGGGGUGGAAUUGUUGCUUCUGAAACUUACAAAAAAAUCACUCUCUCUCAGAGAUUACACUGGGCAACAGUAAAUUGUUGUUAGUUGAAGGCCACUUCAAAGUGUCCUAGUUGGAAGAAUUCUAAGGUUGUCUGUAAUAAGGUCAGAGAUCCAGAAACCUCUCCUGUUGCAGCAGAAAUGGUCCAGAGAGAGUCAUCCAAGAGGAGCCAUCUCAAAAGUCUUAAGGUAAAAGGCAUAGACAUCCAGGCUGUUGCAGGGACAAAGCAUGGUAUCUGACUCAAGCUGGUGAAUCUGGCUGCAACAAAGGCUUCAACAAGAAGCCACUAUUAUCAUGCUAACAGGCUCCUAACAGGGGAGAAAGACCGGAGGUACAACAGAACUUGACCUGCUGUGACUCCGUCUACCUGGCAGCUUGUACUGAAGAUGCCAACCAUCUGUAUGAAAGGGCAACCUGGAGCUGAGUGGUAAAAGGUGGCUCAGUGCUGGGUAGGUUCAUUAAGAUGGCCUAUCUGACUAGCAUAAGAAGAUUGGGGCCAUUGUAGAGAAUGCAACUUCUUAUGGUUGGUUUGGAGGAAGACAAGGCCAAAGCACUAUGUUAAGAAUUGCAACCAUAACUGCGGUAGAGUUAUGCAAAUAAUGGUACAAUGCUGAGAGAGAAAGCAGUAGUUGGGUCAAAAUAAAGAAACACCGAUAUAUGCACAGUGAGGUAUUUAAUCUUUCAAGGCGCAUCAAGUUGGUGUGUUUGGGAAAUGUUUCUACAGAAUAAGAAUAUGUAAGAUUAAUGGGUUGGUUUGAGUGAAUGCAGGGUUAUGCUGGAACUGGAACUUCUACCAAUUGAGAAAAAGUGUUAACUUGAUUUACUUGAGCUUUGUUUGCAAAACAUAUUGCAGCAUAAUUCACAGUUGCCAGGUAAACAUGUUUGAAAAAUAAACAUUCAGAUAGUUUUGAAAACUACUUUUCCAUUUAAUGCUUAGAUUAACUAGGUUGUCAUAAUCAUUCUUAUUUAUCAUAUUUACAUUCAUUCUCAUUUUCUUUUCUUCUAGGGACAAGUACCCCUUGCUGCUCUUUUUGUUUCAUGCUGCAGUCUAAAAUAUUUUGUUAAUGAAGUUUCUUGACAAGAACUUUCAACUCCCGUUUUUGCAUGUCAUCUUCACUUUUAAGUUGUUUAUGCUUCUGUUUAUAUUAUUAAUGCAAAAAGUUAAUGUGGUAGAGUUGAACCUCUCAAAACCGGCAUUCUAUGGUCCCAGAACUCCCAUGGUUUGGCUUGAUUUUGAAUCAGCGGCCAUUAGUUCUUUGCGCCAAGACUAGGGUGGCCCCGUGUAUUGUUUACAACUUCAGGGCAGCAAAAAUUAUGCUAUAACUCCUUUGUUUUUAUGAAAAUGGUUGUAAUUAGUGAAAAUAUGUUUUUGAUAUUAACUUUAAACGAAUAAAUAUAUUUUUUAAAUAUACCACUUGAGAAGGCUCUACCAAGUCAAAACUUUUAAUCAAAACAAUAAGACAUUUGGCAAAAAAUGGAAUUCCUCACUGUGCGUGUGCUUAAAAGAUAUAGGUAAUACAUUUUUGAUCAUUUCUUUUAUGUAACUGCAUUUUUACCUAUUUGAUAUGCCACCCUUGAGAUCAGAUGAUGCUAGAAGUAAGUAGCACAAGCAUAAAUCUUUAUCUAGGAUAGAAAAUGUUUAUUUCAUUGGCAAAUAGUUUAGUGUUCAUUUUCCUCAAUAGAUGGUAGUGGGCUUUGUUUACAUUUUGACGGCGACAUGGAAAUGCCCUGUGAUCACUGACAUUCAUUCAUUAUUAUUUUCAUCGCACUGCCCUUUACAAUUAAAAUAAAUGUUGAAGAAACUAAUAGCGAUAAUUAUGAAGAUAUGAAAUUUAGGAUAUGAAAGUCACCGAUAGUAAUGUGCAGAUUCUGAGAAGUUUAGUACUGUAGUUGACUUACAAUUAGGCUAACUCUGGAAAAUAGGCAAAAUGUGUUGAAGUACAGUAUAUUUUAAAGAAAAUUAUACAGUAUAAAUUUAUAAAAUGACAAAAUUAAAAUAUGAGUAAUAAAAUGAUAAAAAUCAGAGUCAGAACUUAUCCAGGUAGUAGCCUAAGUAGGAAACUAGGCUAUUUGUGUGCAGAAUUGCCAUGCAAGACUAUAUUUACUUAGGGCUUAAUUUUUUAGGGAUGUAUUCUCUAUUCCUAGAUAUUCUGUGUCCAGCAGUGGCCUGGUCCCAAGGUUUCCGGAUUUAAGAGGUUGGACUGUGUAUUUAAAUUUGAAUUUUUCAUCUCUUUUACAAAAUCCUUUAAUCUUUUCAGCACCAGGACAUUUUCAGAAGGAAUGUCAAGACGUGCAUGAAAAUUAGCUGAUUUACAGAUUUAGUCAAGUCAUCAAUUACUAUACUUAAAAUGGUUACAUUAGUAAUGUGAACAAGCUUGCACCGUGUUGCUGUUUAUUUGUUACAGUUUUUUCCAUUUUAUAGAGCUUCAUGAUGCUAGUCUGCUGUGUUUUAUUAAAUCUGUAUUUUCAAACAUGUGGAUAUUGCUUUGUAAUUGAAGAGUGAAUAGACACACUUUGGUAUUUGUU